AUGUCUGUCAAGACUGCGCAGGCUGUUGGUCAACCAGGGCUUCCUAUAACUGAAAGUGAUUCGGUUGUAGUCGAAGAGAAGGUAGCGCCCUCGAAGUGGGACAAGGUCCCAGGAGGAAGCGUUAUCAGGAAGUUCCUCGACUGGCAAAGGAAGAGUUGGCCUGGUAUCAACAUCCCUAUAUUACUCUUGUUGAUUAUCAUCGUCUUGGCUCUGUGGUGGGUUCAUCCAAAUGACCUGAGUCCACAUACAUGGCAAGUGUUCGUCACCUUCUUGGUCACUAUUAUUGGCGCUGUUACGGAGCCUAUUCCCAUGUCUGGUAUUUGCUUGGUGUCAUUGGGUUUCUGUACAUUAACUAAUAUUCUGACGACUGCGCAGAUUCUAUCCGGUUUUGGUAACGAUACCGUAUGGCUAAUUGUCUUUGCAUGCUUCAUUGCAAGCGGUUUCGUUACUACCGGCUUAGGCAAGCGGUUAUGUUUUAUUAUUUUAAAGUAUAUCGGCUCUACCACUCUUGGACUUGCUUAUGCUUUCUGUAUCUGCGAGUUCAUAUUGGCCACGGCAAUUCCCUCGUCCACUGCUAGAGGUGCGGGUAUUUUGCUACCAAUUUUGGAGCCUUUGCUGAAGGAAGGCUUCCAAUCCGACCCGGCUCUAGGUACUGAGAAGUCCAUCGGCACGUACAUGAUAAUGGUUGAGAUUGUUGCAAAUACAACCUCAUCUGUAUGCUGGUUGACUGGUGGUGCUUGGAAUGCUAUGAUGGCUAACUUCAUGGAAGCUGUCGGUGUGAAGAUUAAUUGGGGGCA